CGUUCGGUUGCCCAGCCGCGCUCCUUCCUUCCCUUCGCUUCGCUAAGCCAGGGGCGCUGCAAAUCAUCUCGCAGCAUUGUCCACUUCUAGUGGCGCCUUCCCGUCUCCCGAGAGACAAAACUCCCCGCAGCAACACCAGCGCAGCAAACAGCCUGCCAGUGCUGCCAACAUACAGGAUCAUGUCGCUCCCCCAAAGACCGGGCGCGACGCCCUCGUUCGAAGAGCGGCAUAGCUACCGGCACACCCAGUCGCGACGCCAGCAGCGUCCCGCAGACAUUGAGGCCGGCGGGUAUGCCCCUGUCAGCGCCGGACAGUCACUCCAUCAACGUGGGCCAUCAGCAUCCUCCUUCGCCGAAACUAUUGCGUCGCCUAAUCCGGAAAUAGAGAGAGCUCCCCUGUCUCCCACCUCACCCCAUGGGCACCCGCCCGAGUCGCCGUUUCAGCGGAAGAGGAGUCUCAUCCGGCCAGAGCGGAAUAGGAUAGACAAAGACCACCCGAAUUAUUACUACCGGAAGCAUGCGGCAAAUAUGGAUACAUUACCGUCCUCGACGGGCAAUGAUCCUAUUGCGGAGGAUCUGGAAGGAACUACCGACUUGUCUGGAUCGGGUUCGAGGAACGAUGAAGUUCUCUCAGACACUUCGCCGCCAAGGAGACAUCGUUCGGCGAAGCACCGGAGCGUUGAGCCGGAGAAGGCAGGUCGGACGAGACGCAGGGCAUCGAGCGCCGCGAAGCACAGCAAGAUCACCAAAGACUCGAAGCGCCAGAAGCAGGUCGAGCAGAUACGACCGCCGAGUCUCUGGAACAUCUACUGCGCGAUAGUGACCUUUUGGUGUCCGGGAUUCAUCCUCAAGUGCUUCGGGAUGCCAGCGAAGGCUCAGCAAAGGGCAUGGAGGGAAAAGAUGGGUCUGAUCAGCAUCAUUCUGUUCAUCAUGGCGUUCGUCGGUUUCCUCACAUUCGGUUUUACGCAAACCGUCUGCGGCAACCCUCCGCUACGACUACGUGUGAACGAGGUUUCGGGCGGUUACAUGAUUUUUCACGGAUCGGCCUACGACCUUUCAUCAUCUCACCAUCCUCCUGCGCAGGGCAUUCCCCGGCGCUUGGACGGCAGCGGCGCUAAUGUCCUCUAUGACCUUCCCGAGAAGCACGGUGGGCAGGAUGGAAGCUUUCUCUUCCAGAAUGUCAACGGCAAAUGCAAGGGCCUUAUCAGGGCCGCCCCUGGCUCCGACGUCCCAACGGAUUCAAGCGGCAACCUAGCCUGGUACUUUCCCUGCACAACCUUCAACCAGGAUGGAUCCUCGCAACCGAACCUGACGAUUCCGUACUAUCUCGGUUACGCUUGCCAUACUACCGCUUCCGCCAGAGACACGUUUUAUCUGGGCCUCAAGGGCGCUGCUGACGUCUACUUCACGUGGGAUGACAUCAAGAACAGCUCUCGCAACCUCGUAGUCUACUCCGGUAACGUCCUCGACCUCAACCUUCUGAAUUGGUUCAACGACACACAGGUGACCUAUCCGGACCGCUUCAAGGAGCUGAGGGAUCGAAACUCGGCCGCGAACAAGGCGAUUCGCGGUCGCGACAUCACACGGGCUUUCCAGUCUUCUAGCGACAAGCAGAAUGCCGAGUGCUUCACGGAGAUCAUCAAGGUCGGCACGGUUGACACCGACACUGUCGGGUGUAUUGCCUCUCAGGUCGUACUCUAUGUCUCGCUCGUGUUGAUUCUUUCCGUUGUGCUCGCGAGGUUCGUGCUUGCUCUGGUGUUCCAAUGGUUCAUAAGCAAGACGUAUGCCGCGGCCAAGACUUCUCAGACCUCCGACCCUCGGAAGCGCAACCGGCAGAUCGAGGACUGGUCAGAGGACAUCUACCGGGCUCCUCCACGAAUGGCGGGCGACAUUGGGAGCAGCGUCAACGGCUCUUCUGAUCGGCACAGCAAGCGCAGUAGCACUUUCUUCCCUACCACGUCUCGCUUCUCGGCCGUCUACGGCGUCGACCGAGCGAGUCGGAAAUCCGGGCUACCCACCACCAUGGCAAGCCAGAAUGCUGCCGGCCAGCUCCUCACCCCUGGGGGGAUGUAUCGGCAGGGUAACGACAGCCGGACAAGCUUUCUCAAAUCGGAUCCGUAUGCAUCGAACAACAGCCCGACCGAAGGCCCAGGGCCUGCGGGCUUCAUCCACGAGGCCGUGGUUCCUCAGCCUCCGUCGGACUGGAUGCCGUUCGGCUUUCCGCUGGCCCAUGCCAUUUGCUUGGUCACUGCCUAUUCGGAAGGCGAGAUGGGCAUCCGGACGACUCUGGACUCGAUUGCAAUGACGGACUACCCCAAUAGCCACAAGGUGAUUCUCGUCAUUUGCGAUGGCAUCAUCAAGGGCAAAGGAGAGGCCAUGUCAACCCCCGACAUUGUCCUCGGCAUGCUGAAGGACCACAGCACCCCGCCGGAAGAGGUCGAGGCGUUCUCGUACGUAGCCGUUGCGAGCGGUUCCAAGCGGCACAACAUGGCCAAGAUCUACUCGGGCUUCUAUGACUACGGCGCCAAGUCCGCCAUCCCUGUUGAGAAGCAGCAGCGGGUCCCCAUGAUGGUGGUUGUGAAGUGUGGGACACCGGAUGAGGCGGUCAAGGCGAAGCCCGGAAACCGUGGCAAACGCGACAGUCAGAUCAUCCUGAUGUCCUUCCUCCAGAAGGUCAUGUUCGAUGAGCGGAUGACGGAGCUGGAGUACGAGAUGUUCAACGGACUCUGGAAGGUCACGGGCAUCUCGCCCGACUUCUACGAGGUCGUCCUCAUGGUCGACGCCGAUACCAAGGUUUUCCCCGACAGCCUGACGCACAUGAUUUCGGCCAUGGUCAAAGACCCCGAGAUCAUGGGUCUCUGCGGUGAGACAAAGAUCGCGAACAAGCGAGCCAGUUGGGUCUCGGCCAUCCAGGUCUUUGAGUACUUCAUCUCUCACCAUCUUUCCAAGUCGUUCGAAUCGGUUUUCGGUGGUGUCACCUGCCUUCCCGGAUGCUUCUGCAUGUACCGCAUCAAGGCGCCCAAGGGCGCUCAGAACUACUGGGUCCCCAUCCUCGCCAACCCGGACGUGGUGGAGCAUUACUCGGAGAACGUGGUUGACACGCUGCACAAGAAGAAUUUGCUGCUUCUUGGUGAGGACCGAUACCUAUCGACGCUAAUGCUGCGUACCUUCCCAAAGCGCAAGCAGGUUUUCGUGCCACAGGCUGUGUGCAAGACGACCGUCCCGGACACCUUUAUGGUCCUGCUCUCCCAACGCCGUCGCUGGAUCAACUCGACCAUCCACAACCUGAUGGAACUUGUCCUUGUCAGGGAUCUGUGUGGCACGUUCUGCUUCAGCAUGCAGUUUAUCGUCUUCAUCGAGCUCAUUGGUACACUUGUUUUGCCUGCUGCCAUUGCGUUCACAUUCUAUGUUGUCAUCAUCUCCAUCAUCAAUUCGCCGCCACAGAUCAUCCCGCUCGUCCUGCUAGGUCUGAUUCUCGGCCUUCCGGCUGUGUUGAUCGUUGUGACGGCUCACAGCUGGUCGUACGUCAUCUGGAUGUUUAUCUAUCUGCUCUCGCUGCCAGUCUGGAACUUCAUACUCCCCACGUAUUCCUUCUGGAAGUUCGACGACUUUUCCUGGGGCGACACGAGAAAGACGGCCGGCGAGAAGACCAAGAAGGCCGGUAUCGAGUACGAGGGUGAAUUUGACAGCAGCAAGAUCACCAUGAAGCGCUGGGCCGAGUUCGAGCGCGACCGCAGGGCCAGGAACAAUUAUUGGGGCUCAACGGAGAAUGUCGUUGGCGGAAGUCAGCCGCAUGGCCACGGCCCUUACGACGGCUACUACUCGGAUGCGUGAGCCCAGACUUUUCCUUGGAAAGAUUCUUUUUUCUUGAAGAGGUAUAUAUUCGUUGCAUAGACCGUCGUGGCUAGCGUCGCAGCUCUUCUUUAAGCAGCACCUUUUACUUCGGCUGGACGAGAAUUACGCCGUUGCUUUGAGUUUCGAUGGAGAUGCGGCUUGUUUGUUUGGGGGGGGGGUUUGUUGGGUGGCAACCGGAAGUGUCUUCUUCUGCUCUCUUGCCUAAUCGAGUUCCCGGGCCCGCUUCAUUUCCUUC